ACACUCAUAGAAUUUAUCUUCACAAUAUGACAUUAUUACUUGGUUAUUUGCAAAGAGAAGUGUAUUUAAACAUUUACUAUUGAAAUUCAUAAUUUGCCUAAAUUAAAUGGUGAGUCAUGAAGCAAUGCAGGAGUUACUCAGAACAUCAAAUUUUAAAAACCUUUAAUUUGCCCCUUUGCAAAACCUUGGUGUUUACAUCUUUCUUCAGACUGGAGAAGUUGGCAGAAGCUAAUAGGAAUAGAGUAAUCCUAGAAGCUGAGGCAGAAGCAGAAUCAGUACGAGUGCGUGGAGAAGCAGAAGCAUUUGCCAUCGAGGCAAAGGCUCGAGCAGAGGCAGAGCAAAUGGCUAAGAAAGCAGAUGCCUGGAAGGACUACAAGGAAGCUGCCAUGGUCGACAUGCUUCUCGAUACUUUGCCAAAGGUGGCUGCUGAGGUUGCAGCCCCUCUCUCCCAAGCCAAGAAGAUUACAAUGGUAUCCAGUGGACAAGGAGAAAUUGGUGCAGCCAAAUUAACUGGAGAAGUUCUGAGCAUUGUCAGUAGAGUACCAGAAGUGGUCAAGAACCUUACAGGCGUUGACAUCAUAAAGUCUGUCCGUGCCGCUUGAAGAUCUCAUCUGAUGAAUUAUUCUAUUGCAUUUUUCUUCGUUUCAUCAAGUAAUAAGCUGUCAAUAUAUAGGCUAGUCAUACUUCAUUGUACUAUUCUCAUUUGUUUUAUUUUGACAGGUAUUUGUAAUAAGUACAUGUUGUUACAGAUAGCCUUUAUGCAGAGGUUUUGAGUGUGGGAUCCAUAACCAGAAUUCAUUGUAAUUUCCUUGAUGGAAAUGUUGCUAUUUGCAUUUAUUGAUCAGUUUAACAGUACUUUGUGAUUUAACAACUCAGUGAGAGAAUAAAUUAAUACAUUUACUGUCAGCCAUGGAAGCUGCUGAUCAACUGAGUGUGCUCUAGCACCAGUGAAAAUUUAUAAAAUCAUAGCUAGUAAAAAUAUUCAAUUUGUUUCCCUGUAGAUGUUACUCAGAUGUUAUAAAAAACAUCAUAGAUUAUAUUUCAGGCUUUGAAUUACUGAAAUGUGCAUGAUGUUUCAAUAUUUAAUAGAAGUGAUUAUUUUAUAUUUCUAGUGUGUAUUUGUAGCCAUGGCUAUGUAACCUACAAGGUGAAAUGGGGAUUCAUAUUUCUGGCAGUGAAUGUUUUAAUUGGUUAAUCCAGUAAAUGUUGUCUCUUUUUUUUCCCUUGGGAUAUAACUGUCAUUGGACUAUGUCAUUGUUGGUGUAUGUCUGGGCUGAGUUAAGGUCCUUUUAGGCUAUAGGCACUUCUGUUUCAUAGGCCCUAUGGUG